AUGCCGGAAAUUCGCGGACCCAGCGAGGACUGCUCUGGUGAAGGUCGUAGUACCCAAACAGAGUCAUAUCCAAUAAUAGUGGCUCCACCUCGUCGCAAGAGCAGCAAAUCACCGGUCAACAAGGAGGAUAUUGAAGAACGAGAGGCGUUGUAUCAAGUGAUCGAGGACGCCUUAGGCGAGACCAUCGACCGCUACUCACGGCUACGUACUGAACAGAUCAUCGCCAACAGCGCUCGAAAACAGGCACAAAUCUGGCGCGACGCGAAGGAUUUCAUCACAAAUCAACUCGUUCCUCAGUCGAUUCAAAUGGCGAAUAAAAGUCGAUCACGGAAGAAAACGGCAGCAGAGAUCGUCGCCAGCAUCAAAUGCUAUCCCUAG